CAGUCCAAUGUUAAACUGUGCACCGGAAACCACGUGGGGAUCUCCACGCGACCAACACGCCGUGUUUGUCGUUAGGAUGCUAUUUCCAUGAACAUUUCGGUUGUAAACACAUUUCAAACCACGCCGAAGUAUGUCGGGAUUAAAGAUCAACUCCCAGUUUGCCGAGAAAUAUGACAAAUACCGACAGAGGGAAGAACUGCAAAGGCUAAAGGAUCGAUAUGGAGACCGAGGAGAUGACGAUGACUCCGAAUCAUCCGAGUCCAGUUCGGAUGACAGUGAAGUGGAAUUGGAUCCUGCAGUUGAAAUGGACUUUUACAGGACAUUGUCACUUCUAAAGAAGAAAGAUCCGAAGAUAUACCAGAAAGAUGCACAGUUCUACUCGGAAGGUGCGUCUAGCAAAGAUUUAAAGCCAUCAACAUCCAAGUCAAGAGAGAAGCCCAUGUUCCUGAGGGACUAUGAGCGUAAAGUCAUACUGGAGAAGGAAGGAAAAUAUGACGAUGAAGAGAACAGUGAAGAGGAUGAGGAGGAUGGGGAGGAGGCCGCCAAAAGACAUGAGAGGGCAUGGUCCCCCAGCUAUAUUCAGGAGCAGAAGCAGCUGAAAGAAAGUUUCCGUAAGUUUGUCCAUGACAGCGACGAUGGCGAUGAAGGUAGUGAGGAUGAAGGAGGCUCCCAGCUGCUGACCAGGAGAAUGAAAACACAAGAAGAGCAGGAAAAGGAAGAGGCAGACUAUGUGGACUGGCUGAAAGGCCAGGCUGGGCUGGAUGGACCUGAGGAGGUGAAGGACAUGAAAUAUCUACGGGACUAUUGGAAUGACCCACAACUGGAUGAGAAGGAGUGUUUCCUCCGAGACUACAUCCUAAACAAACGCUACAAAGAUGACAAUGAUGAGAGGAUCCCAACAUAUGAGGAGGUGGUCCAGGACGAUGUGGAUGAUUCUGAAGAGGAGGGCGAGGUAUUUUUGGAGCGACAGGAGGACUUUGAGCGAAGCUACAACUUCCGUUUUGAGGAACCCGAUGCUCAGCAGAUUAAAACCUUCCCUCGCAACAUCGCCACCUCGGUGCGCUCCAAAGACGAUCGCAGAAAACACAAAAGGGAGGAAGUGAAAGAACGGAAGGAAAGGGAGAAACAACAGAAGCGAGAGCAGCUGAAGCAACUGAAGAACUUGAAGCGAAACGAGAUCAUGGAGAAACUACAGAAGCUGAGGGAGCUUACCGGAAAUGAUGAGCUGGCUUUUAGUCAGGCCGAUCUGGAAGGAGACUUUGAUCCACAACAUCACGACCAGCUCAUGCAGAAGGUUUUUGGGGAUGGCUACUACGGAGAGCAAGAAGAUGAGAAGCCUCAGUUUGAGGAUGAUGGUGAACUUGAGGAGCAUUGGAACUGGGACACGUGGAUGGGAGAAGAGCCGUGUGAUGAAGAUGAGGGUAAUGAUGUCCCAGAGCCCCAUUGUGAAGACCAAGAUUUUAUCAUGGAUGCAGACUAUGAUGCAAGCCAGCACAGUGCCUCCAAGAAAACCAAAAAGGAGAGGAAGAAAAUGAAGAAGGCAGACAUGCUGCAAAUGGGCAAGAAGAAAAAGAGGUCCCACUUUGCAGAAGUGGUCACCAAAAACAAGCCGCUGUUUGAUCCCAAGGAGAAGAGUUUUGAGCAGUACCUUGAUGAAUACUAUAAGCUGGACUACGAGGACAUUAUCGACGACCUCCCGUGCAGGUUUCGUUACAGGCCGGUCCUUGCAAACGACUUUGGUCUGACCACGGAUGAGAUCUUGGGUGCUGAUGAGAAGGAGCUGAAUCGAUGGUGCUCGCUAAAGAAGACCUGCAUGUUCAGAUCUGACAAAGAAGAACUGUGCGAUUUGAAGAACUACAAAAUAAAAUCCCAGGAUGCCAAGAAGAAGAAAGAAAUCCUGACUUCUAUUUAUGCUGAAGAGGAUAAAGGGCUGGCAGAGGCCAAAGCCAAGAUGGGAAAGAAGCGACGAGAUCGUGUGAAGAACGCAGAACAACACCAAACGGAAGCAGACGACCGUGACACAGCCGCUCCAGAGUUUGGGGCUGGUGUUGAGGAACCGGAUGAGGUUCUCAUGAAAAAGAGAAAACUCCAAGAGGAGCUGCAGCCACUUCCUCCAGAAGUAGAUACAGAUGAAGCUGUUGGGGUUUCACUCAAGGCUGAUGGGCCCAAACGGACCAAGAAGAAGCAUGGGCAUUUCGGUGGGCGCCGCGCAUCGGGAACAGCAGGGGUGAAAAUUGGCGGCCGGGAGUUCAGCAAACAGAGGCUGAAGGCAUAUGGUUUGAAUCCCAAGAGACUUUUCUUCCGACAGCUAGGAAGGCAAAAACGGAAAGAGCAGGGGGGGAAAAAAUCUGCCUAAUACGAGCCACAACUUAACAUAACUACAUUUUUAAUGGUCCCAAAUUCAUCAUUUAGUUUCCAUUGUGGGCGACCGCCAAAUAUGUACCACACAUCAAGGCACGUAUGUGAAUGUAUUAAUGUAUACAAAAAUCCCCUUUUUCCACUUUUUUCUUGCCAAGAUGCCAUUUGUUAAUUUAAUUAUUCCGAGAUGACUCCUCGUAAAUAAAUGGAAUAUUGAACCUUU